AUGACUUCAGUGGCCCCACAGGAGUUUGAAGCAGAGAACAGGGCUUCAUCAGGCCUGGCACUGUUCCUGGGCACCAAGUCCCUCAUCCACCACCACAAGGCUCUUUGGACUUCCCCUGGUGGCUCAGAUGGUAAAGAAUCCGCCUGCAAUGUGGGAGACCUGGUUCGAUCCCUGGGUUGGGAAGAUCCCCUGGAGAAGGAAACGGCUAACCACUCCAGUAUUCUGGCCUGGAGAAUCCCAUGGACAGAAGAGUUCUGGUUGGUUACAUUUGUGACCACGGGGUCACAAAGAGUCGGACACUACUAA